GCUUCGGUGGCUGGCUCUUUAAGGCUGCACAAGACUUUUGUCCCAUUUAUCAUCUGUAAAGCGAUGUUGUUUGUGAUGACAUAGGGAGAUGCCAGCUCGCUGCCGUUUACGGACAGCGGGCAGUCGGACAGCGAUCGUUGCCCGUACGGGCAGUGAAGCCAGGCGGCGCGUUGCCGGCUGGCCGGCGGCCGGACGUACCGUUAGCGCUGUUAGCGGCCGGCGCGGCGCCCGUACCGACCGGAGGCCCGUCCAGUCUGUCACGGGCCACUGGGCCACGGCCGUGAGAAGACCCAGCCGACCGUGACCCUGCCGAGAUGCGGCCACAGACGCCGGUCACACCGCUGGUGUGGGGCUCCCGGUCCCCCGACACGAUACGGUAGUAAAUCGGCCCGCUUCCGGGCAGUCACCGUAAGAUAACGCCGGUUGACAAUAAAAGGUUAUGUUGUUAUAAGGGAAGAUUGGUAUUUGAAAUCGGAUACGAUGCGUUACCGCCUAGCGGUAUGGAAUGUGGAUGUAAGUAAGCUUUAGGUAUCCUGUUCGGUUAGGUCCAAUUUUAUCAUUGCACCAAAGAACAGAUACUCGUAAAUGGAUUUAUCAAUUUUUUGCACGAAUGUGUCCCACUCUCCCCUACUUAGGUCUGGUUAUUUUCUACGAAGACAAGUCGGUAAGUAAAGCUUGAUUGGUUUCUCCGCUCUGGAGAUAGGUACAAUAACUGCCAAACUUUGUGUCAGUUUUUAGCUGUGGACCUUUAGUAGCUACACUUGGCGAAUCGAUUUGCACCCUUUGCGACCCUUUGCACCAAAUUUCCAAUAAACACAUAGUUCAGUGUUUUGCGCAUGCCAGGCAUUUGGGUGGAAUGUUCAAACAUGCGUAAACACGGCCCAGGGCUGUCACUGUCACUAGCUGUUACCAGACUGGCGGUCAGUUGAGCUGAGACAAACACCCUGGCUGGGACCGUCCAGAGGCCAGUGGUCGGGCUGACACCUUCCGCGUUCCGCUCGUCGGAGUGACACCGUCUGAGGACUGCCAGUCGCGCUGGAAACGUCAAGGAAUCACCAUGCUGAGGCUGGUGUUUCUUUCCGUGUUUGUUCUACUGGGUUGGGUCCGCUCGGACCCCACUACCAUGGCACCGCCGGCCGGCGGUUGGUACGCGUCAGGUGCUGAGUUGCGGACACCGGGCGUGGCGGCUGCCGUGGCGAGCGUGGCUGACGGGCUGGAUGGAUCUGCGAGGGAGCAGGAUGUGACUUUACAACAGCUGAUGGCGGCGCUGGUGGAGGUCUCCCAGUCUGGAGACCGCUCCGCCACCGCCGAGAGGCUGAACACCAUCGAGGAGACUCUGGCGGCCAUCCAGACUGGGCUAGCGGCGGUCUCCAGCCGUCUGGAGGUCAUCCAGAACUCGCAGCGCGAGCAACUGCAGCUUCACACCAACCUGGAGAAAAGACUGGAUACGAUCGAACGGUCGCAAGCUGAAACUAUCGAACGGUUUGACAGAAUGACCCAACAAUGCAACACGUCCUCCAGCGGUACCAGCGGUGACAGCCUAACACAGCUCCAGUCUGAGGUAUCCAAUCGGUUCGACGCCGUUCAGGGCGCGCUGCGUCCACUGGACGGCCUGCAGGACUGGCAGAACGGCACGGUCAGCCGGCUCGACACGCUGGCCAAGUCCCAGUCGGCCCUCUCCACAGCGGUAGAGACCGGCCUGGACAGGGCGGAGGGCUCGCGGGCGGCCUUCUUCGGACGUCUGGUGGCCACAGUGCACCAAGCGGCGCCCGCCAACCUCCAGUUGUCGGCCAUCAAAGACGCUGUCGACCUGAUACCCAAGCUGGUGGUGGGCCAGCAGUGCGACCUGGAGUCGGACUGCUCCAGGAUGAUGCCGGAGACCAGGUGCUCCUCCACGGGUGUGUGCACGUGCAGAGACGGCUACCGACAGACGACCGACGGCCGCUGUCAGCAGCACGCUCGGCUGGACGAGCCCUGUGUGGAAAACGUGGACUGUCAGACUUUGGUGCCAAACGCGGUUUGUGCAAGCAGCAGAUGCAGUUGCAGCACAGGCUUCUGGAACUAUCAGAAUAAGGAAUGCAGGAGAGUUUCAGCGGUGGACAAGGAUGGGCCAUGUGUGGAUGACCGGGACUGCAGGUCAAACGGUGGUCUCCAGUGCACAUCGGGGACCUGCUCCUGCGUCCCCAAAACGACACAAAAUUAUGAGUAUCGCCUAUUUGGGGGUGCUGACUGCACUGAGGGCAACAUCCAACUGAGACCAAGCGGCGACCGCUGGGGUGUCGUCUGCGAUGACGAAUGGGAUGUCAGGGACGCUAGUGUGGUGUGUAGAACGCUCGGCUUUGGGUCAGGACUGCCAACCAAAAAAUCCACUUUUGGUAAUGGUACUGGGCUCAACUUCUACAUGGACGACGUGUCUUGCAGCGGCAGCGAAUCGCACCUGCUGGCCUGCGAUUACCUCGGCUGGGGGGCCCACAACUGCGGAUCGGCGGAGCUCGCCGGUGUCCGCUGUGUCGCCUGAGCGACGCACGGGACGGCCCGCGACGCUGCCCUGCCAUGUCACGAUGCGCUACGUACCCGCGCUGAUCAUUCAACAGCAACGUUGUCCUUUAAUGUAAACACAACUUUAUGCCGUGUUCACUUCCGAAAAGAGCUUAACUUUAGAACUUCAGUGUACUCUGAAUAGCUAAGAUGAAAUAAAUUCAGUAAAAUAAAUGUUAUUUUACUAGCAUCGUGGGA